AUGGGUCGUCUUCACUCCAAGGGCAAGGGCAUCGCCUCUUCCGCCAUCCCCUACUCUCGCACCGCCCCCGCGUGGCUCAAGACUACCCCCGACCAGGUUGUCGACCACAUCUGCAAGCUGGCCAAGAAGGGUGCCACUCCUUCCCAGAUCGGUGUUGUCCUCCGUGACUCCCACGGUGUUGCCCAGGUCAAGAUUGUUACUGGUAACAAGAUCCUCCGUAUCUUGAAGUCCAGCGGCCUCGCCCCCGAGCUCCCCGAGGACCUUUACUUCCUGAUCAAGAAGGCCGUCGCUGUCCGCAAGCACCUUGAGCGUAACCGCAAGGACAAGGACUCCAAGUUCCGCCUGAUUCUCAUCGAGUCCCGCAUCCACCGUCUGUCUCGUUACUACAAGACCGUCAGUGUCCUGCCCCCCACCUGGCGCUACGAGAGCGCCACUGCCUCCACCCUUGUCGCAUAA